UGCAUGACAUACAAUAGUUUUAAAAUAUGAAUUUAACAGUACAACUAAAACAAAAUGACUCAACUAAUCUAACUCCAACAACUUCACUACCAUUUGAGUUGCCCCUACUUACUCCAUCUUAGCCCCAGUGUCUCAGAACCUGCCCUCUCGAGCCCCAUUUAAAUACCAUGUCCUCCUUUCUCCUUACACCAACAACAAAGACAUCCAAAAACCUUCAUUUCCCCAAAUCACAGAAUCCACAAAGAUGUUCAAGCAAUUACCAAUCACAUUGGUUUUUGCAGCCAUGCACGUUGCGAUCAUCGCUGCUGCAUCAACCGCAGGAGAAGAACCGGCGCUUGAGUUAUACAUGCAUGACAUUCUAGGAGGCAGUAGCGCCACGGCAAGGCCAGUCACCGGCUUGCUAGGGAACAUUUACAAUGGUCAAGUACCCUUUGCUAGGCCAUUGGGAUUUCUUCCACCAAAGGGUGGAGUGGCCAUCCCCAAUGCCAACGGUGCCCUUCCAACCAUCAAUGCUGCCAACGGCAUUCCAUUGGGAACUGGCUUGGCUGGGACAACAUUUGCAGGAAAUACAAACAAUCAGAAUCUCAAUGGGAACCCCCAAAUUCAACUCGGACCAGACGGAUUAGGACUAGGGUUCGGAACAAUCACUGUCAUUGAUGAUGCAUUGACCUCUAGUCCUGAGUUUGGUUCACAGGCACUAGGUAAAGCUCAAGGAGUAUAUGUCGCGAGCGCCGCUGACGGAACCACUCAGAUGAUGGCAUUUACAGCCAUGUUUGAAGGAGGAGAAUUCGGUGACAGCCUCAACUUUUAUGGCAUAUACAAGAUUGGGGGGAAGUACUCACAUUUGACCAUAACUGGUGGUACUGGCAAAUACAAGAAUGCUUUCGGGUUCGCUGAAGUUCGAUCUCUCAUACCAGCUGGUCAACAUGUCCUGGAUGGAUCAGAGACAUUACUGAGGAUCACUGUCCACCUAAAAUACUAA